GCAACGUCCUGCCCGUCAUGACGAGGCCUGCUGAGCUCUUUGGGAGGACUGACAGUUCACUCAAUCGUUUGCCGCUGUGCUUGUGAAAGCGGGGAUCUGCAUUGCACUCUCAAAACAUUCCACGUCGUCAAUACUGUUUCAAACUCAUUCCUCAACCAUCCAGUCAUGAUCUUCCAAUACCAGCGCGCCGUCGGACUGGCCUGCGUGGCCAUGUUCCUCUUCUUGGUCCUCAGUAUCACCAUCCUCCCUCUGAAAACCUUCGACGUCCUACACUUUGGAUCUAGCUCGAAGAAUGGCCAGCACGCUCCGACUUGGAACCCUACCAGCAACUCUUCCCAGUCGUGGACUUUCCAAGCACCUCGCGACGCCAAGAACUACGGUCUCUCGCCUGGGCAAUGCGACGCUUCCUUUCCCGCCCUCGGACACGCCAUUGAACGCUCAGUCGCUCACCGCAAGGAGAUCGGGAAUAUCAAGCCCGAGGAUGUGAAUACUGGCUGGAGAAGCGACGGAAUUGUGCACGCUAUGAUAUACGACAACCAACUGUACAUCAUAGAAGCCAAGGGAUGCCACCGUCGUGACUUCCGAGAGCGCUCACUCGCAAUUUUACAGUCCAUCUGGCGCGCAGUUGUAUCGUGGCCCGGCCCCAUUCCAAACAUCGAGUUCACCUUCACUAUCGACGACGGCGCAUACGAACAAGGCGUCUCAAACGAAAACCCACCUGUGACAUGGUCCCUUACACGCAAGGACGAGCCCCUCUAUGACAAUCUCUGGCUGAUGGCCGACUUCGGUUUCUACGUAUGGGGAGCGACGGGCGACUACAACGCGCUCCGCAAAGCCAUCAAAGACGACGAGAUCCCCUUCGACAAAAAGGACCCCCGCGCGGUCUGGCGCGGAGGCGUGCUAGUAGAGAAGGAGCCCCAGGACCUCCGCAAAAGCCUCAUCGACACGGCCCACGACCAGAAAUGGGCCGACAUCGACUUCUUCGACUGGAGCCAGGGCAAAGACGGCCCCAGCAACUGGAUCUCCAUCGCCCAGCUGUGCAAGUACCUGUUCCCUGUGCAUACCGAGGGCCGCACCUACUCGGGCCGCCUCAAAUAUAUCCUCAACUGCCACUCCGUGUCCGUCGUGCACAAGCUGCAGUGGGAGGAGAACUUCCACCACCUGCUCGUCGCCGAGGGCCCGCAGCAGAACUACAUCCAGGUCGAGCGCGACUUCUCGGAUCUGCAGCAGAAGAUCGAGCACUAUCUCGCGCAUCCCGACGAGGCGCGGCGGAUUGCGGAUAAUAGCGUUAGGGUGUUCCGGGACCGCUACCUUACGCCCGCUGCGCAGGCGUGCUACUGGCGCAAACUGUUCGCAGCGUGGCGCUCGGUCAGCUUCGAGCCAGAGUUCUACAUGACGGUGGAAGAGCAGGAGCGGCUUGAGCUGGCGAAGGCGGGGGAUGAUGAGGAGAAGAAGAGCCAGGUUGCGCAGAAGUUUGAGGGGAAGGAUCGGAAGGCGCGCGUGCCGCGGGGGAUGCCGUAUGAGAAGUAUAUGCUUAUCGAGAGUUAUGAGGAUAGUCCGUGGUGAAAGAUGGAAAUUUCCAUUUGGACGAGAGAAGAUGGCUUUUCUGGAACUUCGGCGCGAGAACGGCGGUGCUCGAAUACGGCUGGGCCACACUUUGCUGCUUCUCGAUCGAAGCAGCGGCGUUUCCCUUCACAAA